AAUGCUGUGCUAUUAGUUUUUGUUUCCAAUUGUGUAUAAAUAUCUGUCAUCUCUAUUUCCAGCAUCUGCCUCGUAUUAAUGCUUAGAAUUUCUGCCUUGAUUGACUCUAUAUCUGGUUAAAAUAUCCUUGUCAUUUUAUCAGCCUCUCUCUCUCUCUCUCCCACCCCCAUAGCGACUGACUUAGAUUUGUUAAUGCAAAGUACUAAAUCAUUGGGGUGUAGCUUUAUCUCAUGAUUAUUUAAACUAAUUCUACAGUAUUUUGCUUCUUCACAUUCUCUUAUUUUAACAGCUAAUGGUUCUAAUCCUAAAAACAAACCAUCAUGGUGAUGACCGAUGACAGGCUGCCUUGCCCUUGCAAUUUUAGUUAAUUCAAAAUUGGCUGAUAGCAUACCAUUUAUGCAGAUUUGCGCUCAUGGGUUUGCAUUAGGCUGAUAUGUUUGUUUGUUUCUGAAAUGCUGUGUACAGUGUGUGUGUGUGUGUGUGUGUGUGUGAGAGAGAGAGAGAGAGAGAGAGAGAGAGAGAGAGAGAGAGAGAGAUCGUGACCUUUAGCACUUUUGGCUUUGUUUCCUAGGCUUUUCUCCUGAACUAGACUCAGCUUGGUUUUCUCCUAAAAUACUUAUUUCACUUACAAAGAUUUUGUCUGUGUGUCAGAGAGAAAGAGCUUGCCAAUGACUUUCAGUGCCCUUGGCUUUGUUCCCCAGCCUUUUCUCUGGAACUAAGUUCAGCUCAGCUCAGCGCUCCGACCCCAUAAUGCUAUGGGCUGGUCAUGAUCCAUGUCUUUCGCUGGGCAGAGGUCUUGCCUUUUAACAAAUCCCAUCUAACUAAACCAUCUUCAUUCUUUCCACACUGUAGCCUGUAACCAAUAUGCUUUAACCAUAUCUGCAUACCCUUCAACAUUUCUCUGAUGAAACUAGGAAUGUCCUAUUUAAUCACCAUCAUCAUCGCCAUCAUUUUAUUUAUAAGCUGCCAUUUGACUGGGUUGCCCCAGUCACUCUGGGCUGCUUCCAACAUAUAUAAAGCAUAAUAGAACAUUAAACAUUAAAACAAUGUUUGUUUUGGGGAGGCGUGCGAUCCUAUUUUUUGAAUGUGCUCUGGAAGACCUGAUAAAAAUAAACUAAAAAGAAAAGGGGCAAGAAUACACCCCUUUUAAAACGCCUUUCGUAUUACGGAUGUUGGAAGAGAGGUGACCUUUCGCAUUGAGUUUGAUUUGGCAGGUGGUAAAGAAAUAUAAAUUCUGUAUUAAGAUCUAAGAUUCUAUGAUUCUAUUAUUCCACCCCGCGUGUCCCCCCUGAAAUUGACUCUGACCAGAGCAGCACAUGCAGGGAGCAGAGAGGUAUCAUUCUGUCUUGCAAACUGGAACGCUUGUGCGGACGAAACAAUGGGAAGAGCGCAAUGUUGAAUUUCACCCGCAGAUAUCUUGUGCAAAGAAAAGGGAACCCCCCUCGCUUAAUGUUCUUUAUUGGUCGAGACCUUUGUUUCAACUGCCUAAGUCAACUGUCAGUGUGGCUUUUGCUGCCAUGCUUUCUACAUAACCAGUUCUACGGAAUGGUUGCUUAACGGUGCCUUUGGGUGAAUAAUGAUUCAGCAUUAAAAGAAUUAGAUGCAUUUAUUUAUUUACUAAAAUGGUGUCCUUCCUCCCAAAGGAGUGAACCUAAAAAUAUUUUUUAUAAAAUAAAUAAAUCUAAAUCUGAAAAAUUAAACCAUCUUAAGACAUUUAAAAGAAACCACACAACCUCAAAGUUACUAAAUUCAAUAUCUGGGUAAACAUGAAUGCCUUUAAAUUUCUCCUGAAAGUCAAUACUUAGGGAAGCAGAUGCCCCUCUCCAGGGAUAGCAUUCCACAAACAUGAUCAAUAAUAAUAAUAAUUAUAAUUAUUAUUUAUUUAUACCACGCCCAUCUGGUUGGGUUUCGCCAGCCACUCUGGGCAGCUCCCAACAGAAUAUUAAGAGCACAAUAAAACAUUAAACUCCUCAUAAUUUUCUGCUCCUUUCCAUAUGGAUGGUACCUAGCUAUAUAUCCCCUCAGAGCUACUCAAAAUAUUCCCUACCUGUUGGAAUCAGCAUUAAAAAAGCCACCUAGUUUUACAGGUAUGUUUGUGUUUCAGGCACUGGGAGGGACAGAGGGAUGCUGUCAAUGGAUGGGCGGCAGCGAACUUAACUUCUUGUCUUUUGGUGUUUGGCACCUUUCGGCAAGAAAUCGUGUGUGCUAUCCUAAAGUAAAACUUGAGUCAGGAAGGCCCUCAUCCAUGUUGCCCAGAAAGCCAAUCAAGAGGACUGGGUGAAUGUCUCCGUUUUGAUUUUUCUCACUUUCUCAUUUGUCCAAACUCAGGUUUGAGUCUCCGCAUUUCCAUGGCUGCAUUUUGUUAAAAACGAAAAGUCCCCAGGAUCAUUUGUUAGCAUUUGAGUGCAAAUUUCUCUCCCUACACCCAUUUUUUGUGCAACUUUGCCUAGUAUAACCAGAAUGUUUCCUCUGAUGUAAUGUAUUCACAUUACUUGCUGCUACAACCGAGUCAGUCAUUCAUUCCUGGAGACGAAAGAGCAUAAGACACCAACAGUGGGAAGGAUAAAUUGUAUUGUUUUGCGACUUUGUGUGUGUGAAAACAUCUGGGGGUAGGAUAGGUCAGAAGAAAGUUUGACUGAGUGUAAUGGGAUUUUACACAUAGGACUGCUACCUUUGGGGUGGGGGGCAAAUGAAGGCUUUGUGUGUUUGUGGACACCCACUUGCAUGCCUAGGAACCAACCUCUAGGGGCUGAGGUCCCUUUGCCACCUCCGCCCAAUAAUGUGGGGUGCUAGGUAGGCAGGGGUGUGGAAGAUUAUUAUCAGAGAGUCAGCGACAAUGGGGGGGGGGGACACAACAACUAGCAGCCCUGGUGGCUCUGCAAGAGGAGAUUGCUAGACUAAAAGCAGAACUAAAAGCUCUUUAAAAACAUACAGGUAAAUGGCAGUGAAACAUAAUAGUUAGAAUGCUUAGAGACUGAGAAAAAAGGAAUCAAGCAAAUGGUUUAUAUAAAGCAAAAGGAUGAGUAUGAUAACAAGUUACUAACGAAUGUUCUCAAAUGAAGGAAAGCUAAACGCCAGAUGCUAUUCACUCCGAAGGCAGCAGGGUAAAAACCUUUCAUUCUAAAGGGAUAAAUCAGGAGUUUGCUGAAUACUACAUGGAACUGCACAAACCCAUCCACCCAUCCACAGAGGAUAUGGAUUGCUUCUUAUCUACCUUUUCCAGUUGUUACCCAGAAAGAAGCUUCCUCUUUUUAAUAUAUUUGGAGAUUUCUCCUUUUUCAAAUUACCCAAUUCCACUGACCGAUGAAGGUCAUGUACUCUCAGAGACUUGAGGAUCCUGACAGAUCCAGUUGAACACUCUGGGGGGGGGGGGGGCUCCUAGCAGGCAUAGGCAAACUCCAGCCCUCCAGAUGUUUGGGACUACAAUUCCCAUCACCCCUAGCUAACAGGACCAGUGUUCAGGGACGAUGGGAAGUUUGCCUAUGCCUGCCCUAGUGGAAAGAGCCAGUGAUUCGGUCAAGGCUCUCAUCUCAUUGUGGAAUGGCGAGAUGAGAAGGCUUGUUACACUUAUCACUCCUGAGCACCCUCUCCGGCACUGUGGAGCCCACAACUCUACUGAGUUCAAGGCUGGUUACGUACUGGUGGAGUAGACGUCCAGCAGCCCAUCAUCCCUAGCUAGCAGGACCAGUGGUCAGGGAUGGUGGGAAUUGUAGUCAACCACCCCCACCCACCCCGUUAGGGAGCCAAGUUUGGGAAACCCUGACCUAAAGUUAGGAAGCUGUGUAGCUUGACCUCAUGCUGCCUCCAGAAUGACUAGCAGUAAAGCAUGUUAAUUUGUUUAGGGUGAAAUCUCAAAGAGCACUAGAAGCAUAUUCUAAACAUAGCUUUCAAAAGGACUCGGUGAGAGACAAAGAGAGUUCAUCUGCCCACAGAACAGUUUUGGCCAAUUUUAUACUUCUUCAAAAAGUCCUCAGAGAUUUUGCAACAGGGUGGACCCUUCGGUUUUGAAACCAUUUAGAGGGAAAUUGGGUGUACCUUUUGGUUUUGAAACCUUUUUAGGGGGAAAUUGGGUGGACCCAUUGGUCUUGAUAUUAUAUAAAGGAAAAUCAAAUGUGCACUUCUCGGUGUUCAUCUCCUGGCUCCUGAACCUUUCAGAACAAGCCAGCGUCCUAAAAAGCAGAAGGUAAUCUGCAGGACGAGCCUCAUGCAAAUCUAAUCGAUCUCAAAAAUUAGUCCUGCUGGAUUUACACCCAGGUAAGUGUGUAUUGGGUUGAAACUUCGAUUUCCUACAUGCGAUUUUAGCUCUUUCGACACAGCAGGCUCUCACUGGAAAUAUUCCUAAACCUCAGGGCCAAAUUAUGUGCUGUGUGAAAUGCAUGUCUUCAUGUAUGCCCUUUAUUUAAAAACAGAGACCUGAGGAGAUCAAAAAAGUACUAAACUCUCCCCAACCCUGUGGCUUAGCUCUCCAAAAGGAUGCUUUUCUCCUCAGCCAAGCUGUGAUACUGAAAGUGGGGUGAAGGGGUAGGGGAAGAAUCUAUAGGAAGCUUCUGGGUUUAAUGUGUUUUGAUGACCACCCUCUGUCAUUCCCUUCAGUGUGUUCUGCUGACCACCACUUCUAGCUCAGCCCUUAGCAUUACACUGAAGUGUGAAUUUCAAAGUCCCACACAUUACCUUAAUCAGUAGCGUUGCUGAUUAUAUUUUUAAAGCAACAAAUGUCUUGGGUCCCGGAUACCUGAAGGACCCACCUCCUCCCAUAUCAACCGGCCUUGUGCCUAAUAUCUGGUGAGAGGGUUUACUCUGUGUCCUGACUAUGGUGGAAGCAUGGCUGGGAUAAUGGUAGGGUUGUCAUAUUUUAAAGAGCAAAAAAGAGGACGCUACGACGACUCUCCUUUUAAAUACCCCUACUAUAUGUAGGUUAUAGAAGCUGUGAUAUAUUGCUGAGUGGGGCAGCAGAAAAGAAGGGGAAAGCAAGUCUUCAACCAUGUCUAUGUCUCAUCCAAAAAGUAUAGCCACCCGGACAGAAAUUUUACCCCUGAAAAGGAGGGUGUGUCCUGGGAAAAGAGGACACGUGGCAACCCUAGAUAAUGGUCAAUACUGUGGUAACACCUGAGUCCUAGAAGAUACUGCCUUGUGGGGUUAUUUUAUUGGUGUUUCCCACUGUAAAGGCUUUUCAGUUCCACCAAGGUGUUGCUGUGCUGUGUAGGUAAUGCUCUGAUUUUAAGUUUUCGUUUUAUCCGUUUAUUGUAUUUUACUACCGGUGUGGUUUUCUUGUGAUAUUAUUACUGCAUUGUUGUUGUUGUUAUUUAUUGACUUUCCUCCCUUCACCAUAAUGUCCCAGGUGGGUUAAAAUAAUAUACAGUGGUACCUCACGCUACAAAUGCUUCAGGUUACAAACGCUUCAGGUUACAGACUCUGCUAACCCAGAAAUAAUACCUCGGGUUAAGAACUUUGCUUCAGGAUGAGAACAGAAAUUGUGCUCCGGCAGCGUGGCGGCAGCAGGAGGCCCCAUUCACUAAAGUGGUACCUCAGGUUAAGAACGGACCUCCAGAACGAAUUAAGUUCUUAACCAGAGAUCACUGCCUACCAGACGCCUCCUGCUCAACCUCUCUGCCCCCUUUCAACCCCUUUUUACACCUCACCCCCAACCCUCCAUCCACCCAUAGCUGCCUCAACAGCAGAGUCCCAUCAACUGGGUCAUUGAUCAGCUUUUCUGUCUUUGUUAUCCAGGCCAAUCAGAAUUUCCAGUCUGGUUACAAAACAUACAGCAAAGUUUUAGCUUCCUCCUCUCUCCUUCCAUAAAUAACCCUUCUGUGCUGUAAUUUUUCUCCAUGAGGCUGGAGUAAGAAGCACGAGGAAAGAUGGCGCUCAGUUGGUGGCUUCUUCCAUUGACAUUACAAGUGCUACAUGGGGUGGCAGAUGCCACGGUGAAACUCAACAAUGGUGGGUUUGAAGACCUUGUCAUUGCCAUCAACCCUCAGGUACCCGAAGACAACAAAAUCGUCGACAACAUAAAGGGCAUGGUUCAAGAAGCAUCUGCUUACCUCUUCGGUGCAACACAGAAAAGAUUUUACUUCAAGACUGUAAAAGUGAUCAUUCCUUCGACGUGGAAAACAAAAGCUGACUAUCAAAGAGUAACUAGAGAGUCAUACGAUAAGGCAGAAAUCAUAGUGGCAGCUCCUUACUUGAAACAUGGAGAUGAUCCCUACACCCUGCAGUAUGGCGGGUGUGGAGAACCUGGGCGAUACAUUCAUUUAACUCCUAACUUCCUGACAAAUGACAAGUUGCUUGAUGCUUAUGGACCACGAGGCAGAGUCCUUGUCCAUGAAUGGGCUCAUCUCCGAUGGGGUGUCUUUGAUGAAUAUAACAACGAUGCACCUUUCUACACUCCUGGGGGAAAUAGCAUGCCUGAAGCAACAAGGUGCCCAGCUACUUUCAAGGGUAGCUACGUAGUCCCACUCGCUGAUGGAACUACCAGACCAUGCAAAGUUGAACCAAAAACUCAGCUGUAUGAAUCUGGAUGCCAAUUUAUUCCAGAAAGAAAUCAAAAUACUCCAACAUCUAUCAUGUAUGUGCAAAGUAUCCCAUCGGUUACUCAGUUCUGUGACAAAAGCAACCACAAUACUAAAGCAACAAAUAUGCAGAAUAAAAUGUGCAACUACAGGAGCACCUGGGAUGUAAUUACGACUUCUCCUGACUUUGCCAAAUCAACUCCACAAACAGCUCCUCCGCCUAGCCCCACUAUCUUUCUGCUGCAAAAACAGGAAAGAGUUUUGUGCCUAGUACUUGAUGUUUCUGGAAGUAUGGGUUCGAGCAAUCGCAUUGGUCGGCUGAAGCAAGCUUCAGAAAUAUUCAUCCUGCAGAUUAUUGAAGCAGGAUCCUGGGUUGGAGUAGUGACAUUCAAUAGUGCGGCAACAAUCCAGACUCAAUUGAAGCAGAUCAGCAGCGACAGCGUGCGCAAAACUCUUGCAGGUUAUCUUCCUACUUCAGCUGGUGGAGGAACCAACAUAUGUUCCGGAGUGCGGUCAGGAUUUCAGGUAUUUUUAAAGAAGUACCCAAAUACCAGAGGCUGUGAAAUUGUGCUCUUGACAGAUGGAGAAGAUAACCAAGUAAAUUCCUGCUUUGCUGAAGUUCAAAAUAGUGGGUCUAUAAUCCACACCAUUGCUUUGGGACCAAGCGCUGCAAAAGGACUAGAAACGCUGGCAGACAUGACAGGAGGUCUGAAAUUUGCUGCCACUGACAGCUUGAAUUCCAACGGUCUCAUUGAUGCUUUCAGCGGAAUUUCUUCAGGAAGUGGAGAUAUCAGUCAACAAUCUAUUCAGCUUGAAAGUAAAGUGAAUAAUGUAGCUGCCAAGAAAUGGAUGUAUGGUACAGUAUCCAUUGAUAAAACUGUGGGAAAAGACACUUUCUUUGUCAUUACGUGGAGCGCAAGCACAACUCCACCAACGAUGCUUCUGACAGAUCCCAAGGGGAAAAAGUACAGUACAAAGGACUUUGUGUUGGAUAAAAGCAACCUACAAACAGCCCGGCUCCAGAUUAGUGGAAUCGCAGAGGCAGGAGACUGGGGGUAUGCCCUGCAGAAUCAAAAUACAGCUCAAACCAUGACAAUAACAGUCACGAGCCGAUCAAGAUCAGCAUCUGUGCUUCCAGUUCUUGUGACGCCUCUUAUAAAAAAAACGCAUCAGUUUCCUAAUCCGCUGGUUAUUUAUGCAGAAGUCAGCCAAGGGUUCUUACCUGUGACUGGUGCAAAAGUCACAGCCACAAUUGAAGCAGACAAUGGAGCAGCUGAGAAUCUAGAUCUUUUGGACAAUGGCGCAGGUGCCGACAUUAUAAAGGACGAUGGAAUCUACUCGAGAUAUUACACAUCGCUCAAAGCAAAUGGUCGACACAACCUAAAAGUGCGGGUCCAGGGGCAAGGCAAGACUGGCAGAAGGAUCCGUAGGCAAAGUCAAGCUUUCUAUGCACCAGGGUUUAUAAAUAACGGUGCAAUAAAUAUGAAUCCCCCAAAACCGGAAGUUCGUGAUGAUGACAUUGAAGUUGACGUAGGAAAUUUCAGCAGAGUAGCAUCAGGUGGCGCUUUUGUAGUAUCAGGAGUUCCUCCUGGUGGUAGUAAAAAAGAUAUUUUCCCACCCUGUAGAAUCACUGACCUUGAGAUAAAACCACUUGGUGAUUAUCAGUUCCUUUUGUCCUGGACAGCUCCUGGGAAUGACUAUGACGAAGGAAAAGCUGAAAGGUACGAAAUAAAAAUGAGUGAAAAUCCCUCAGCGUUAAUAGAUGCAGCUUUUCAAACAGCCACAUCUGUGAACACCGCUGGUCUGAAAACGGAAGUCGCUGGGGUCAAGCAAUCCUUCCAGUAUAAUGCAGAAAACUUUAAAAAAUCGAAUGGCACCUCCAUCUACUUUGCCAUUCGUGCCAUUGAUGGUGGCAACAAUGUUGGAGAAGCAUCUAAUAUAGCCAGAGCAGUCGUGCUUCUACCCAUAUUGCCAACUAUCCCAGAUGAUACUUUUUGUCUGUAGCUUGCGUUUUGCAUAAACAAAAAACCAGAAGUUUUGAUACUAGAAUGCAAUAUUCCGACAAGGAUUAUGUUUCUGUCUUGAAUUUUAAUUGGCUCAUUAUUUGUAUCCUCUUUUUUUGUAAUUUUCAUGUCUACUAACUAAGAAGCUUCCAUAAUAGAAAUUGUCGUGAUUAAAAUGUAUUGUGUAUCUUAAAACAUGAAUUUAGUAAGUUGGCAACCCUAAUAAGCAGAUGUACUGGGGAAAACCUGUGUGUUUGGCAACCUAGUAAGUUAUUGUUUGUUAGAGACACUUAUGCUUGUGAGGUAUUCACAUGUAAUGUUUUAACAACAUGUACCAAACCUCUUUAUUCUAUUAUAGGCUUUUAUUCUACCAAGUUAAGAAAACU